AUGGCCAACAUCACCAAACUCACGCCAAACAACUUCAUCACUUGGCGCCUGCAAAUCCGAUCUCUCCUUGAGGCUCAUGAUCUUCAUGUCUUCAUCAGCGAUGAAGACAAUACACCUGCUGAAACAAUCACCACUGCUACUGCUGAAACUCAACCAAAUCCAAACCUUGCAGCCUGGAAACGUCAAGACAAGCUCCUCUUCAGCGCUACUCUCUCUAGCACUUAUGGGAAAUCAUCUCGUGGUCACAUCCGUCAGAUCAGGGACCAGCUCAAGGAUAUUUCCAAAGGAAACAAGUAUAUCCAUGAUUAUAUGCGCGACAUCAUUGACAAGUCUGACAAACUUGCUUUACUUGAUGCCCCUCUUCCUCAUGAAGAUCUUCUUGACUACAUCACUUCUGGCCUUGGAGAAGACUACAGAGUCGUUAUCGAGAUGAUUCAAGGUCGUGACACGCCAAUCUCAAUCCCUGAACUUCAUGAAAAGAUCAUCAACCGGGAGAAUGCACUCAAGGCUUCUGGAAAAUCUGAUCUCUCUGCUCCGGUAACAGUGAAUGCUACUCAGUUCUCCCCUCGACCGUCUCAUCCGUCUUUACGUGGUGGCUACAACCCUUCUCGGGGUGGAUUUCGUCCUUCCCGACCAUAUCUCGGGAAGUGUCAAAUCUGUGGCGUCCAGGGACAUGGUGCUCGCCGUUGCCCACAAUUCAGAUCACCUUCUCCAGCUCCUUCUGCUGCUUCUCAUCAUAUUGCUAGUGAUCUAUCCAAUCUCUCACUCCAUGCUCCGUACACUGGUGGCGAGAAUGUCAUGGUUGGCAAUGGCUCCAAUCUCCCCAUAACUCACUCUGGUUUUAUCUCUCUACCCUCUCAACAUAGGACUCUUAAGCUUACUGAUAUUCUCUGUGUUCCUGUGAAGGAUCUACGCACGGGGACAACACUUCUUAGUGGCAAGGCCAAUGAGGGUGUCUAUGAGUGGCCGAUCACCGUCCUAAACACUCUCUCAACCUCUGUUUCUGCUUUUAGUUGCUCCAAGGUGUCUCCUUCCUCAUGGCAUUCUAGAUUAGGCCAUCCGAUCUCUACUUCCUGUUCAUCUCCUGAAACACCUACCUCCGACUCCUUCUCAGCUUCUGUCGUUCCUACCUUCGAUCGGUCACUCACUGUUCCUGCGGUCCCGUCUUUAGAUCCCUCACCUGCUGCCACUGUAAUGCCGCCACAUGAUUCGUCACCUGCUUCCUCCCCUGCGGCUUCCUCCUCUGCGUCCUCAGUGGCAGAGGACUCUGUUUCAGCCUCUUCAAGCUCUCCACUGGCUCCUCUACCUCCCGAGAACACGCAUCUUAUGCAGACUAGAGCAAAGGACAACAUUCGGAAGCCAAAUCCUCGAUAUGGUCUCACUGCUGUUCUCAAAGAAGUUGAACCUGUAAGUCAUGUGCAGGCUCUCAAGGAUGAGAAGUGGAGGAACGCAAUCCAUGCUGAGGCUGAUGCUUUCAAGGGGAACGAUACGUUUGAUUUGGUUGAUCGCUCCCUUGUAAAGAAUAUUGUCGGGUCUAAAUGGGUCUUCCGUAUCAAACGCAAACCAGACGGCUCCAUUGACAAGUAUAAAGCCCGCCUCGUCGCAAAAGGUUUUCAUCAACGACCCGGCCUCGACUAUCAUGAUACCUUUAGUCUGGUUGUUAAGCAUGCCACCAUUCGUGCGGUUCUUGGCACUGCAGUUGGUCGUAAUUGGCCGCUUCUUCAGCUAGACGUUAACAAUGCCUUCCUCCAAGGACCACUCAAUGAGGAAGUGUAA